AUGCAUCCGUUUGAAAUAGUAUUGCAUUUCAGUAUACUUGCUUUGGCUUCUACAUACACAGCUGCUACUCCUGAUACACGGGGUUUACCAGAAGUAGGAUUGAACAAACGCAUCAGAGAACUCGUGGGUAAACGGGCAGGCCCCGAAGAUGACUACAGAAAUUUUGACAAACGGAUCAGGGAACUGAUUGGAAAACGCACUUUGGGCGAAGAUAAUUUUCCAGAAAAAAGGAUCCGUGAAUUAAUCGGCAAGCGAGCCAUGAGCGAUAGUUUUGAUCCUUUUAACAAACGCAUAAGGGAAUUAGUUGGAAAACGUGAUUUCGUGUACGGAGAAGAUCUGUUCAACAAAGACAAGCGUAUCCGGGAACUGGUCGGGAAGAGAAACGAGGUUCAGGAGCAGAACGACAUGGUCGACAAGCGAAUUCGGGAACUGCUCGGAAAGCGAGGGUUGUCGGCGGAUGAAAACAGUGAUGUAUUCGUCAUGGGCGUCCAGGAUUUGCUGGGAAAGAAACCGGAGGACAAAAGAAUCCGGGAACUGGUUGGCAAGCGAAGCAGAAAUGGUGCGAUCAACAAACGAGUCCGCGAACUUGUUGGUUAA